AUGAAGUCUUCCAUCGUCAUGGGCGCCGUCGCCGUCCACCAGGCCGCCGCCUUCAUCAGCAUGGGUGCCGGCGAUCUCGCCUUCGUCCCCGUCUCCCAGCGCCCGCAGAACCUGCUCUGGCAGGAGAUGGACGCCUGCCACAAGGUCGACACCCGUCCCGUCAAGGGCCCCAACUAUCCCUGCGUCACCCAGGCCUGGAUCCUCCAUACCUGCCGCAGCAACGGCACGUCGGCCGACCACCUGAACGCUCACCGCGACUGCAUGUGCGGCGAGGGCAGCUCCUUCUUCAGCGACGCCAAAGCCUGCUCGUCCUGCAAGACGGGAUACGGCCUCCAGGGCACCGCCGAGGACCCCUUCUGGCACUCCUUCUACGACAGGCUCCAAAACUCCUUCUGCAAGGCCUCGACCCUCAACGGCGACUUCUCCGUCUACUACAACCAGGCCGACCCCACGUACCAUAACAUCGCGCCCAAGGGCAGCCCCGAGAACCCUAUCGACAACAAGUUCGGUCCCCACGGCGUCGUCGAGGUUUCCGCCUACUACCCGAACGCCCCGGCCGUCCAGGGCCCCGGCAAGUUUACCCCCGUGGCGCCCAAGGAUGCUGCCAGCGCUCCCCCGACCUCGGGCUCCGCCCCUGUCGAUGGCGAGCCUUGCGUGCGUGCCAAGAUCAACGUCGAGGCCGGCGCUGCUCCUGCUCCUGUCUCGACCGCCGUCUCGGUCCCGACGCCCGCGAACUUCACCAACGGCACCACGCCCAACGUUCAGAUCAACAUCAACAUCAACCAGUACUACUUCUUCCUCGCCGGCAACUGCACGAACCACUUCGACGGCCCUGCCUUGGAGUCCUAUCGCUUCACCUGCGGACCGGAGCAGGUGGUGGAGAAGUCCGUGACCAAGGUCGAGACCAAGGAGCAGAAGAAGAUGGUGGAGUCGCUGCCCGACGCUGGCAGCUGUGGCUGCCUCCAGAACCUCCCUCCCCAGGUCGCCGAGAACAAGGUCGUGCCCGCCCCGGCCGCCCCCGAGCACGAGGGCAGCCCCAAGGGCCCCAAGCCUUCCGCUGCCGUCGUGCCCCCCCCUGCCGCCGACGACGACGAGGAGAUUGAGGUGGACGUGACCGUCGACACCCCCAAGGAGAAGGAGCAGGAGCCCAAGAAGGUUGCCGCUCACCCUGUCGCUCCCAAGGAGUCUGCCGCUCCCAAGGAGACUGCCGCGCCCCAGGGAUUCAAGCCCGUCGUCAAGGCCGGCGACAGCCAGGCCCCGACUGCCGGCCCUCGUCCCGGAGCGACGCGCGACAACUCUACCGUCCCUGUCAUCGUCAGCGGCGCCGGCCUCACGGGGGCUUCCGCCUUGUCCGCCGCCGUCGUGGCUGGUGUUGCCGCCCUGGUUGCCAUGUAA